ACUUACCCGCCAUGUUGGUGUCAAAGGUCAAAUUUCGGCACAAUUCCCAUGAUGCGGCGUACUGCGCACGCGCACUACUCCGGUUCCGCCUGGUCCCUGUGAUUUCCUGUUCAACAUGUCUGCGACAUUACGCCCGUACCUGAACGCCGUGCGUUCCACGCUAACGGCGGCCAUGUGUCUGGAGAACUUUUCCUCACAGGUGGUGGAGAGGCACAACAAACCAGAGGUAGAAGUCAGGAGUAGCAAAGAGCUGCUGUUGCAGCCCGUUGUGAUCAGUCGGAACCAGAAGGAGAAGGUUCUUAUCGAGGGCUCCGUCAACUCACUCCGGAUCUCCAUAGCUGUAAAGCAGGCUGAUGAGAUUGAGACCAUUCUGUGCCACAAGUUCAUGGGCUUCAUGAUGAUGCGAGCAGAAAACUUCUUCAUCCUCAGAAGAAAACCUGUAGAGGGCUAUGACAUCAGUUUCCUGAUCACCAACUUCCACACGGAGGCCAUGUACAAGCACAAGCUGGUGGACUUCAUCAUCCACUUCAUGGAGGAGAUCGACAAGGAGAUUAGCGAGAUGAAACUCACCGUCAACGCCAGGGCGCGUAUAUGUGCAGAGGAGUUCCUCAAAAAUUUCUAGUGGAAGCCAGCCCAUCUUUCUCCUACACUGCAGGCCAGAGACAGACGACAGUCGUGUAAAAAUGAGCAAGAAGAUUCUCUUUUAUACGUUUAUUGCUACAUCUAUGAUAUAACAUGUAUCUAUUAAGUAAAGCUCUUUCAUUGCAUUUUGUUGAUAUUAUAAGGAUUUGUUUCCACAAUGAAUAUAAGGAACAAGUAUAAUUCUAGUAGAAUAGUUCAAAUAAUGCACAUUUAUUUCAUUUCAUCAAAUCUGCUAUAUGACCACCAUUGGAAUGAGUUUAAAUGCAGUUGAAGUGCUAUUGGUAUUAAACAUUUCAAUUGAAAGCAUGGUACACAUGUAGCUCGCACCAACUAUUUGAUACUAUGUUGGACUUUAUGGCAUUUAGUACAGCAACAUAAAAGCUGUCUAGGCUUAUAUGUUUAUUAAGUCUUUCAUGUCCCUCAAUAAUUAAGAAAAAAAGAAUCUAUACAUUAAAUUCUCCUACGUGUCAGACCUAUGAAAGACAUUGUAGUGAGAAUUUUUGCAAUCAGAUUUUGCAUGUCAAGGAUCUUUAAGUAUUGUGGCUAUUGAAGAAAGUUAACUUGGACUGAUGCUUAUUGUGAAUACCUUAAAGCUGCCAUAAGCAGUAAGAACUUUUAAAUCACAGCUGAGAAGAGUAAUGACAAAAGAAGUGAAGAGUAGGAGACCAUUCUGAAUAAUUGUGACCAUGGACGGUUGAGGCGAAAUGGUCUUCCAUGAGUUGACCCUUGCCGUUUUGUCUUGUUCAAUGAAAGCCCUCUACAGCAAACUAGCAGCCAUACUGUACCAUAUCCUAACCUUAGAUUAGUCGUACAGAUAGAUUACAAUUUGUGUACAUUCCAUUUCUUUACCCCUUUUCUUGCAAGUAUAGUAACCAAUUUCUAGAGAACACCAUGCAAAGAGUUUGAAGUUAAAAACUUACUACUGUUAAAAGGUGUUUUAAAGCUCUUAAUGUCAAUCCGGUGCAAGAAAGUACACGUAAGGGGUAGGUAUUACAUGUUAACUGAUUGUAAUACAGAAGGGAAAAGUGUCAUUAAGUGGUUAACCCAGGAUGCGUACUUCGGUAGCUAAACAUUAUGUAGUAGAGUGGCAUAUUGGAUAUUAUAUUUUUACUCUGAGAUUCAGAAUAAACAGGAAUGCCUGUGAUUACAUGGAAACCUG